UUUGUGACCUCGUAUAUAUAAGCGUUAUCUGGGGAAAUCUUGUGGGUCACUUCCUUUGCUCUUGGCAUACGACUGAUACGACAACCUUUGGUUUCCUAUUGGCAUUUCCUUGUACGAUUGGAUUUAUAAUGAAGUUCCGGCAGAGUUCAGUGGUCGCCUGGAUUGUGGGUGUGGUGCUUCUCUGUGAUGCCGUCAGCGCCAUUGGAACUCAUUACAAAAGUGACAGGAGUCAGUUGCUGAAGGAGGAAUACGAACCCACUUUUCAGAAUUCUUCGUAUUUUGACAAUGCUGAAUUUGCCUUGAGUUCCAGAGAACGUCAUUUCAGACAGUCAAAGUUUUUUCCACUCUUCACUAUCAUUCGUUUCACCAAUGAAGUUUGCAGGACUUCCAGUGAAGAACAUGGAAUUUGUCAUACGAAAACGCAAUGCGCUGCGGCUGGGGGUUUGGCACUUGGAAAUUGCGCACAGGGUUUAGGAGUCUGCUGCCGAUUCGUCGUCCAGUGCGGCGCAAUUAUAACUCAGAACGGAACAUCGUUCCAAAGCCCAAACUAUCCUUCAAGAUUCACCCCCACGGACGGUUCGAACGUUUGCCAGGUGCGAGUUCGCCGUCCGCACAACGUCUGCCAACUCCGGCUCAACUUUAUAGCUUUGGACAUUGACGGACCAGUCCCAGCUCCAACCGCCACCAACACAGCGCCCAAUGAUGCCGGUGCUUGCAAAACAGACUCACUCGCCAUUACAGCUUCAGGUGGCACUGUUCCCAACUUGUGCGGCAACCUCAACGGACAACAUAUUUACAUCGAUUAUGGGACGAGUGACACCAUCACGUUGAACUUGCUCAUGAGUGGCACUGUGCAAAGAGAAAGGGUUUGGAACAUUGAGAUUUUGACGAUUCCGUGCCUCUCCGUUGUUCGAGCCCCGCCUGGAUGUCUGCAGUACUUUACAGGGAUUUCUGGUCAAGUACAAUCUUUCAACUUUCAGGGCGGAACACAUCUUUCCAACAUGGACUACUCCAUUUGCGUUCGUCCUGAGGAUGGCAUGAGAUUCAUUGACUGGGCCCCCUGCAGUCCAGGAGACGUAAGGAUUUCAGGUUCGCCGGCAACGUCCCCUACAAUGCCGAUGCCUUGCGGUGCAGCAGCUACACCCAUUCCAGAUUAUCUCAUAAUCAUGGGAGGCGUCUCGUAUCCGAUGGGGACGCCUACUGCAGCCAUACCUUCAGGGACAUCAAUCACCGACCGAUUCUGCGACCUGACCUUCCCAUCAGCAGUCACUUCAGCCUAUGUUCGAUCUUCUGUUCGUCCCUUCAUUCUCCACUUUAGAACUGACAGCAAUGAAAUAGCUGCAGCAAAUAUGGAUGCGUCAGUUGGCUUUUGCUUGAGGUGGCAACAAAACCCUCAGUAAUGAAUGGUCCAGUGUUACAAUACUUACAAAUCGUAAUUCUCUUCUCUUAACUUAUUACUGUUAUUAAUGCUGAAUAAUAUGUAAUUUAAACUCGGAAAAAUCAUGAAAAAUCAUAAAAAUGCGUUUUAUUUGAAAUAAAUACCAAAUAUUCAAACUA